AGCGCCGGCGCGUAGACACGCAUGCGUUCUCUGAGCGGCGACACCAUUUUAGAGGAAGAAAGAAAAACAGGGAGAGUAACUGACCAUCAGUAAUAUAUCGAUAGUUUCAUUAAUAAGGGCCCAUGUGACAGACCCAGACGGACAGAAGGUCUCGCGGGUCCACAGAAGAACCGGGUUCUGAUACUGCGGUACUGGCGCGGGUCUGAUCUGGGUUUGUUGUUGUCGCUCGGUUGUGUGGGUGUUUGGGUGAAGCUGAAGCAGCGCGGUUCCGUCCAGAGUCCAGAUGGAUGGAGAUGAGGAGAUCCGCUCAGAUGACGGCAGCGCUACUCCAGUUCAGGACGAGCAGGAGGAUGCGAGGCCCGGAUCCCGGCAGUCUGACGAGGAGGGCAGUGAUAACGAGGACGCCGCACACGACAGGAAGUCCGAGAACGCCGACAGCGGGUCGGAUCACGAGGCCCGUGGAGGAGCAGCAGACGGGAGCGACUCAGAGCCCGAGCCGCCCCGUCCUGCAGACAGCGACGAGGAUGAGGAGGGCAGCUCCCCUGUGAAGAGAAGAGCGAGCACCUCUGAGAACGAGGAGGAGGAGGAGAAAGCGCAUCCCGCCAGCGACUCCGACCAGGAGGAGACGGAGAAGAGAAGCAGCCCCAAAUCUGACGCGGGCAGCGAUUCGGACGAGGACAAACCCAAACAGAAAACUCAGAGAGACUCUGAUGCUGAGGAAGAAGAGGAGGAGGAGGGAGGGAGGAAGGAGACAGGGAAGUGGAAAGCUGUGAUGAACUCAGACAGCGAGGAAGAGGAGGAGAGGCCAAAGGAGGAAGCAGGAAGUGAUGAAGAUGAAGGGCCCAAACGACGAGCUCUGGCCAGUGAUGAUGAUGAUGAGGAAGAUGAGAAGCCUGUGAAGAGGAAGAAGGCAGUUCUGUCAGACAGUGAGGAAGAUGAAGAGAAAGAGGUGAAGAAGAGCCGGCUGGUGUCUGAUGAUGAAGACUCUGGCAGUGAUGAAGCCUCUGGAGGUCCUGACAAGAGUUUAGCAGCUAAACUGAAGGAGCUGGGCUCAGACAGCGAGGAUGAGGAGGACGCGAUGAAGGCGGAUACAGGGAAGAAGGACGAGAAGGCUCUGUUCGGCAGCGACAGCGACUCCGGCGACGACGAGGAAGAGAAAAUGAUCGCAGACAUCUUCGGAGAGUCCGGCGAUGAAGAGGAGGAGGAGUUUACGGGCUUCAAUCAGGAGGAGCUGGAGGGUGAGCGGCCGCAGUCUCACGCGUCGGGACAGAAGGGAAUGGACGACUCGGAUUCAGAUGAUGAUGUGGACAGAAGCGGAAAAGACAUGUCCUACAUGUCAGACUUCGACAUCAUGUUGGCCCGCAAGAAAGCUCAGAGCGGCAAACGCAGGCGGAAUCGAGACGGAGGGACGUUCAUCAGUGACGCAGAUGAUGUCGUGAGCGCCAUGAUCACCAAAAUGACAGAAGCUGCAGAGGAGGACCGGACUCUAAACAGUCAGAAGAAACCAGCUCUGAAAAAGCUCAUGCUGCUCCCCACAGUGGUGAUGCAUUUAAAGAAGCAGGACCUGAAGGAGACAUUUAUAGACAGCGGUGUGAUGUCGGCCAUCAAGGAAUGGAUCAGUCCACUCCCGGAUAAGAGUCUCCCAGCACUCAAGAUACGAGAGGAACUCCUCAAGAUCCUGCAGGAGCUGCCCAGUGUGAGUCAGGAAACACUGAAGCUCAGUGGAAUCGGACGAGCCGUCAUGUACCUCUACAAACACCCUAAAGAGUCCCGGCCGAACAAAGACCUCGCGCUCAAACUCAUCAAUGAGUGGUCACGGCCCAUCUUCGGCUUAACGUCCAACUACAAGGGAAUGACGAGAGAAGAGCGACAGCAGAGAGACCUGGACCAGCAGAUCGCCCCGCGCCGGCGCCUCAGUGAGCCUCAGACGUCUGAGAGGCCGGAGGAGCCGGACGUCUUUUCCCCUGCGCACAGUUCCGGUGGACAGACUCCUCGCAGAGAUCUGGAGAAGGUGCUGACGGGAGAGGAGAAGGCGUUACGGCCGGGUGACCCAGGGUUCUGUGCGAGGGCGCGUGUGCCCAUGCCGUCCAAUAAGGACUAUGUGGUUCGGCCCAAAUGGAACGUGGAUGGGGACUCAAACCGGAGGAGCUUUAGGAAAGGCAUCAGCCUGCUGGAGAAGCACAAGCGGCGUUUUGCGGAGGAGAGGAAGCAGCGCCGCCCGCAGGGUGCUGUGAGAAUCAGCAUUGAGGGAAACCGUAUGCCCCUGUAGUUCCGCGACCUGCCUGAGGGGGCAGGUCCGAUGAAGAAGGGCAUGUCACGAGUAGAUAAACAGAUGCGACGCUUCGCAGAUAUCAAGCGGCUAACGAAGACGGGACACGCGGUGAAGAUCAGCGUGGAGGGGAACCGCAUGCCCCUCUGACCCUCCACACGCUCCUCAAGCUUUUCUGUUUCUGUUUUUUUCCUGUAAAAUGUUGCCAGAGUUGGGCGUUUGGUUCUACAGUAGUUCUGCAGAAUCGGAUCUCCACGAAGCCGCGUAUCUGUACUGUAGCUAUGCGUGAUUCUGCGUAGCUGCGCGUUUGCAAUGUAUUCAGAGCCCAGAGAACUGAACUGGGAACGUGAUGGCGUUUGGUUCUGAUGUAUCUUUCAUAAUAAAGAGUUUCCAUGUUCUAAGUUUUA